AGCAUCGAAUUUGAUUCUUCCAUCGCCAGCUUUUCGCAGCCAAAGCUCACCGCCAGAAGAGGACAAGGUCCCUAUCGGCUUGUUCUCACAUGCCCACUUCGCAGAGUCAGCUACUGGAACCAGGACCACACGCGUUCAAUCAUCCACAGGUGGAAAGAGCUCCCCAUUUUCUCUUCCCUUCCCUCUCGAGAACAAGUCGAGGUGCUCGGGUUUCCUUUUAUGAUGACCCUUUGAUCGAAUGCGGACUGUCUCAUCCCGAACGAUGCCGAAAGCUGAAAACUCGCGUGGUAACGACCUCGCUCAGUUUCGAACGAUUCGCAUAGCUGGAGAUGGUAGAUGUUUAUUUCGGUCUGUAAUUCAUGGUGCGUACCUAGGAGCUGGGAAGCAAUCACCAUGUGAAAGCCAUCAAAAACAACUUGCGGACGAGCUCAGAGCUAAAGUUGCUGAUGAAUUUGUCAAAAGGAGAGCAGAAAUUGAACGGUUUCUUGAAGACGAUUUCGACACUUACGUAGCAGAGAUGAGACAGCCUCAUCAAUGGGGAGGAGAGCCUGAACUGCUAAUGUGCUCGCACGUCCUACAGACGCCCAUUACAGUUUACAUGAAGGAAAGAUUUUCGAGUAGCCUGAGGAUCAUAGCUGAAUAUGGCCGAGAGUAUGGCACUGGAAACCCCAUUAACGUCCUCUACCAUAGUUAUGGACACUACGAUGCGCUGCUGCCUCCAAAUGGCAAUGGGCAAUACAAGAUGUCGAACAAAAGAUGAUUGGAGGGAUUUGCCAGAGAAAGUCGUAUCGGAAACCUUGAAUGAUGUCUCCCAGUCCCUGUUUCGCAUUCUGCAACCGAAGGCUAGUUCGCAUCAUCCUUGUCAUGUAACUGAGAAACUAAUUAAUCCUAUAUUCCAAUCUCAAUUCAAAUUUCGUCGGACAAAAGAUCUCUAACCUCAUUUCCCCCCAAAUUCGGAUCGAAAUAGAGAGAUGCUUUUGCACUGA